GGUCACAACAAGAUGGCUACGUCCAGGCGCAGCCAUGCCAAAAACAAGGCUUGUGUUAUACUUGGAGGAUUUUCAGUGUUGUCCUUGAAGUUUAACUCGGACACGAAUUCUGAACACCAGUUGUACGUGAAGGAGCACAAAAUUCGGGCAGAGGCAAAGUCCCACCGUCCGUUCGACAGGACCUUGUUUGUCCUCAACAUCGCACCUUACUGCUCUGAGGAUGUCGUCAAGGAAUUGUUCUCACAGUUUGGCUCUGUUGAGUCCGUGGAGUUGGGUGACAACCCGGGCUCAUUCUACCAGUCUGGGCCCAAACUGUCCAGACUUUUCAAACCGGCUGAAAAACAGGGUUUCAAAGUUGGUUACAUUGUGUUCCAUAGCCCCUCCAGUAUUACAGCAGCUAAAUCACAUCCCUAUAGCGUGCCUUUGGUGGUCUGCUCAACACAGCGUACGGUUAAGACUGGAGUACAAAAAUGGAUUCAACAGUACAAAGACUCAUUUGUUCAGCCGGAGACUCUGGAAAAUGUAGUCGACAAUUUCAUGAAGAACUUUGACACGAUGAAAGAAAAAGAAGAGGAGCGCCUCAAGCAGGAGGCGGAGCAACAAAAAGAGGAUGAGGAGGGCUGGGUGAAAGUCACCAGGGGGCAGAAGGGCAACAAGGCACGUCCCCACAGCGAGGCUGCCAACCAAAAGGCCCUCCAGAAGGAGAUGGGGAAGAAGAAGAGGAAGGAGCUCGUGAACUUCUACUCUUGGCAGCAUAAAAACACCCAGAAAGAACAUAUUGCUGAACUCAGGAAAAAGUUUGAGGAGGACAAACAGAGAAUAGCGCUCCUAAGGGCUCAAAGAAAGUUCAGACCGUAUUAAAGAACCUUUGUAUGUACCUGUAUAUGCUCAGUUUACUUGACAAACCUGGAUGUUGCUUAUUUUAUCAUCAUUCUGCUCUUGCACACCACACUAUAUAAUUUACAUUGGCAAAUACAUUUUCGUUAGUGGUAUGUGGAACAAGAUUCUGAACAGUGGAAACGUCAAAGUAACUGUUACAUAACUGUCAUUCCAUCCCAGGUAGGCUUCAAUCAUGUAAUAAUUUAGCAGAUACAUUCAGUUCCUUCACUGUAGCUGCUCUGAUUUUAUUUUGAAUGUCAAUAUCUCAUUUCCCUCAAACUGUACCUUUUGGCUCCAUCUUGCCCACUUUUGGCCUAUUUCCAUGUGUACAGCGCCUUGCGUGCUAUAUAAUUAAAAUUGAAU